GAGCUGAAAAUGCAGAUUUAGCAUCAAGCACAGACAUACACUAGCUCUUUCUCUCGGGUACACAUAGCUCCGCACAUUCGCACCCCUGCCAGCCAGCCCGGCUGCGCGACUCCUCGGCUUCCCUGGCAGCCAGCUGCUGGUGGACAGCGCACAGAUUUGCUGCUUGUCAAGCUUCUCUUUUGCCUCUUUUGCUAUAAAAAGAUUUUUAAAAAGAAAAACAGAAACAAAAACUACAUACCUAUUUUUUAUUUGCAUCUUCCCUCCUCGUCCCCUUGCUCCACCCGCCUGCUCGCUUCGCAGCCCCACUUUUCACUCCCAAAGAAGGAUGGAGGGCGGUUGUGGAUCCCAGUGGAAGGCGGCUGGGCUCCUCUUCUGUGUCAUGGUUUUUGCGUCUGCCGAGAGACCCGUCUUCACGAAUCAUUUUCUUGUGGAGUUGCAUAAAGACGGAGAGGAAGAGGCUCGCCAAGUUGCAGCAGACCACGGCUUUGGAGUCCGAAAGCUCCCCUUUGCAGAAGGCCUGUAUCACUUUUAUCACAAUGGCCUUGCAAAGGCCAAAAGAAGACGCAGCCUACACCACAAGCAGCAGCUGGAGAGAGACCCCAGGGUGAAGAUGGCCCUGCAACAAGAAGGAUUUGACCGUAAAAAGAGAGGGUACAGAGACAUCAAUGAAAUUGACAUCAACAUGAACGAUCCUCUUUUUACAAAGCAAUGGUACCUGUUCAACACUGGGCAAGCUGAUGGCACUCCUGGGCUAGACUUAAACGUGGCCGAAGCCUGGGAGCUGGGAUACACCGGGAAAGGAGUGACCAUUGGAAUUAUGGAUGAUGGAAUCGAUUAUCUCCACCCAGACCUGGCCUACAACUAUAACUCCGACGCAAGUUAUGACUUCAGCAGCAACGACCCCUAUCCCUACCCCCGAUACACAGAUGACUGGUUCAACAGCCAUGGAACCAGGUGUGCAGGAGAAGUUUCCGCAGCCGCCAGCAACAAUAUCUGUGGAGUCGGUGUGGCAUACAACUCCAAGGUGGCAGGUAUCCGGAUGCUGGACCAGCCUUUUAUGACAGACAUCAUCGAGGCCUCCUCUAUCAGUCACAUGCCUCAAAUGAUAGAUAUCUACAGUGCCAGCUGGGGCCCCACAGACAAUGGGAAGACGGUGGAUGGACCCCGGGAGCUCACACUCCAGGCCAUGGCUGACGGUGUGAACAAGGGCCGUGGGGGAAAAGGCAGCAUCUACGUGUGGGCUUCCGGGGAUGGCGGCAGCUAUGACGACUGCAAUUGCGAUGGUUAUGCAUCAAGCAUGUGGACGAUCUCCAUCAACUCAGCCAUCAACGACGGCAGGACCGCCUUGUACGACGAGAGCUGUUCUUCCACCUUGGCAUCCACCUUCAGCAAUGGGAGGAAGAGGAAUCCCGAGGCUGGCGUGGCCACCACAGACUUGUACGGCAACUGUACUCUGAGACAUUCUGGGACAUCUGCAGCCGCUCCUGAGGCAGCUGGCGUGUUCGCCCUGGCGCUGGAGGCUAACCUGGAUCUGACCUGGAGAGACAUGCAGCAUUUGACUGUGCUCACCUCCAAGCGGAACCAGCUCCAUGAUGAAGUCCAUCAAUGGCGACGGAAUGGGGUUGGCCUGGAAUUUAAUCACCUCUUUGGCUACGGUGUCCUUGAUGCAGGUGCCAUGGUGAAAAUGGCUAAAGACUGGAAAACUGUCCCUGAGAGAUUCCACUGUGUGGGAGGCUCCGUCCAGAACCCUGAAAAAAUACCGCCCACUGGCAAGUUGGUACUGACCCUCCAAACAGAUGCAUGUGAGGGGAAAGAAAACUUCGUCCGCUACCUCGAGCAUGUCCAAGCGGUCAUCACGGUCAACGCGACCAGGAGAGGAGACCUGAACAUCAACAUGACCUCCCCGAUGGGCACCAAGUCCAUUUUGCUGAGCCGGCGUCCAAGAGACGACGACUCCAAGGUGGGCUUUGACAAGUGGCCUUUCAUGACCACCCACACCUGGGGGGAGGAUGCCCGAGGGACCUGGACCCUGGAGCUGGGGUUUGUGGGCAGUGUGCCACAGAAGGGGUUGCUGAAGGAAUGGACCCUGAUGUUACAUGGCACCCAGAGUGCCCCAUACAUCGAUCAGGUGGUGAGGGAUUACCAGUCUAAACUGGCCAUGUCCAAGAAGCAAGAGCUGGAGGAGGAGCUGGACGAAGCCGUGGAGAGGAGUCUGCAGAGUAUCCUGCAGAAGAACUAGGGCCAUGCUUCCAUCGCCACCGCCCCUCCUCUCUGUCUCUGCCUCUGUCCUUGCUCCACGGUCUGGCUGCCACCAGCCACCCAGCAAUUCCUGUUACCCCCACACAAGCAACCCCAGCCUGGUCUGCAGCUUUGCUCACUGUCCAUGAUUAUUUUCACUACAAUGGAAGCAAUCGUUUUUAAUUCUGUAGCCCAAAUACAGCAUUCCUACCAACA